GCAGCGUCGCGCGGGGAGAGACGACGCGCCACUCCCAACUGCUCAGCCGCUCGCUCGCCCGUUCGCUAUGGGGGAACAGGCGCCGCGAUCGCGGCCGUGAGCCGCUCGGCUGCCGCCUUCCUCACGUCGGAGGGGCUGCAGCCUCCGCCACUCCCCAUAGUCCGUCUCCUGCGCCUCACUUUCACCGCCGCCGCCACUCGCCGCCGCCGCCCGGGGGAAGCUAUGAGCCAUGAAGACGCCUGGCAGGAGUCCUCUGCGGCAGCCCUUCUCCGGCCGCCACCACAAGAGCAGCAGCCGCCCUCGGACCGCUCCUUCCUCCACCGCCGGAGCCUCUUGCCCGGCACGGAGGCCCCGACCUGGCAUCUUCCGCCUCUUCUUUUUGACGCUGCUGCUUUCACAGGGCUGGGGAGUCAUUGCGGAUACCGCUCUGCAUUGGAAUGAAACUGCAGGUGAAAUAGAAAAGACCCUGGCAGAUGAAGAGACUGCAUUUCAACAGACUAACAGUAGUAGCAGCAGCAGCAAAUAUAACAGUCACAGCAGUGUGUUCCAGAAAGAAAUCACAUUGCCUUCAAGACUUGUCUAUUAUCUAAAUGGGGAUUCUGAAACUCCCUAUCAUAUUUUGGAUACCAGGACAAGGCACCAGCAAAAACACAAUAAGGCUGUGCAUCUGGCUCAGGCAAGUUUCCAGAUAGAAGCCUUUGGCUCUACAUUUACUCUUGACCUAUCCCUGAAUAAUGAUUUAUUGUCUUCUGAUUAUGUGGAAAUUCAUUAUGAAGAUGGAAAACCACAAUAUUCAAAGGGAGGAGAACACUGUUACUAUCACGGGAACACCAGAGGUAUCAAGAACUCCAAAGCUGCACUUUCCACAUGCAAUGGGCUGCAUGGUAUGUUUGAAGAUAGUACGUACAUAUACUUGAUAGAGCCUUUGGAGUUGAUUCACAGUAAAAGCAGUACAGGUAGGCCACAUGUCAUCCAGAGAACAUUACGAACAAAUACAUCCAAAAAACUGGAAGAUCUCGAGACUGAUUCUACUUCUGAAUGGCCCUUCCUGUCAGAGAUACAGUGGCUACGAAGAAGAAGAAGGGCGACACUACGUGGCAUAUUUGAAGAAACGAAGUACUUGGAGCUCAUGAUCGUUAAUGACCAUAAAAUGUUCAAAAAGCAUCGAUCAUCCCACGCUUAUACAAACAACUUUGCGAAAUCUGUGGUAAACCUUGUGGAUGCUAUCUACAAAGAGCAAUUGAACACCAGGGUUGUUUUGGUUGCUGUUGAAACCUGGUCAGACAGAGAUCGUAUAAAUGUUCGUCCUGACCCAAGGCAGAUGCUUCAUGAUUUUUCCAAAUAUCGACAGCAUUUCAUCAGACAGCAUGCGGAUGCUGUACACCUUCUGUCGAAUGUGACAUUUCAUUACAAAAGGAGUAGCCUGAGUUACUUUGGAGGAAUUUGUUCUGUGGCUAGAGGUGUUGGAGUAAAUGAGUAUGGACUUCCCUGGGCGAUGGCACAAGAAUUGUCCCAAAGUCUGGCUCAAAAUCUAGGAAUACAGUGGGAGCCAGCAUCCAGAAAACCAAAAGGAUGUGACUGCACAGAAUCGUGGGGUGGAUGCAUAAUGGAGGAAACAGGUGUCUACCAUCCCAGAAAAUUCUCAAAGUGCAGUAUUGCAGAAUACAAAGACUUUCUGCUCCGAGGGGGAGGUUCCUGUCUUUUCAACAGGCCAACAAAGUUGUUUGACACAACUGAAUGUGGAAAUGGGUAUGUGGAACCUGGAGAAGACUGUGAUUGUGGUUUACAAACGGAUUGCCAUGCAGAAUGCUGUAAGAAAUGCUCACUUUCUAAUGGAGUUCAUUGCAGUGAUGGCCCGUGUUGUAAUGAAACCUGUCUUUUUUUUCCACGAGGCUUUGAAUGUCGUUAUGCAGUGAAUGAGUGUGAUAUCACUGAGAUCUGUACUGGGGACUCUGGCCAGUGUCCACCAAAUCUACAUAAGCAAGAUGGAUUUGCUUGUGAUUCAAAUCAGGGCCGUUGCUACAAUGGAGAAUGCAAAACAAGAGAUAAUCAGUGCAAAUACAUCUGGGGAACUAAGGCUACAGGAUCUCAUAAACAUUGUUAUGAGAAGCUUAACACUGAAGGUACAAAAAAGGGAAACUGUGGAAAAGAUGGAAAUAAAUGGAUUCCAUGCAACAAACAUGAUGUAUUCUGUGGAUUAUUGCUUUGUGCAAACCUUGAUGGAGUUCCACGAAUUGGCCAUCUUCAGGGAGAAAUUACCCCUACUUCCUUUUUCCACCAAGGUGUGGUAGUGAAUUGCAGUUGUGCACAUGUACUUUUGGAUGAUGAAACAGAUUUAGGAUAUGUAGAAGAUGGAGCUCCAUGUGGUCCAAAUAUGAUGUGUAUGGAUAGAAGAUGCCUAUCCAUUCAGUCUCUGAACAUAAGUAGCUGCCCUGUUGGUGCUAAUGGAAAAGUUUGUUCCGGUCAUGGAGUAUGCAGUAAUGAAGCCACAUGCAUUUGUAACACUACCUGGGCAGGGACAGAUUGUAGCAUGUUUGACCCUAGGAAGAAAGAAGAACCCGAGAAACCAAAUGGACCAAAGGCAGUGUACAGUGGCAGACACUGACUUGGUUUGGAUGACAUGACAACCCAACCAUAAAUAACCAGGUAUGGUGUGGUUGCUCUUUCUUUCAAAUCUGAUACAGUUUUAUCAGGGUUGCAUAUUUUUCUCAAACAAGCUACCCUGAGAACACAUGGCUUAUUUUAGGGUACUUCCUGGUGGCUUGUCAUGUCUUCUGAAUCUGACAGUUGUUUCAUCAUGAGUAGCUGAAAAACACCACUGAGUCACACUACAAGAGUGUCCAAAAAGCAUGCUGCUCCUUGUGAUUGUCCUUCCUGAAUUCAGUCUCCUUUGGUAUUCUCCCCCAUUCCAGCACAUUUUUGUCUUUAUACCUGUCAGCAGCCAUCUUCCUUUCUCCCUCCCUCUCUUCCCCACCCUUCUUCCCUUUCCCUUGUGAGCCAGCUCUGUGUAAUCUACAUACCAUGUUCAAAGGCUCCUGCAGUUCUGCCAACUUUUGCACCCUUUCUUCACUUAUUUGCAGUAAAGUUUCUGAAAAGCUCCUGGAGAAGCCUCUAAUUUUUUAACUGAAGUAACAUGGGCAUUAUUUUGACUCUUCAUUUUCUGCUGUAAAUUCCACAUUUUUUACACACUAAAAUGAUAUAGUACGUGAAUUAACACUCUCUUCACACAAAGAGGAAGAUCUGUGCCAUUCCUUGCUUUUUUCUCCUUGUAGUCAGAGCCCAAAUCUGUCCUUUCCAUGAUGGCCUUGUCUCUGUAUGGGAAUUCAUUACCUACCCAGGCUGGGAACAUAGAAGUCCAAAAUCAGUGCAUCUUUGCACCAAGUUCUGUAAUAAGCAAAUCACUUACGCCUUGCGUAGUGCACUUGUCACCAGACUUCAUGGUGGAUCCCCAAAGGAGGCAGACAUGAAUUCUUGUCGCCACUGUUCGUAUCCACCCCAGAUCCUUCUAUGCAGGUGUUCUAAAAGUAGACUUAUGUUGCAUCUGGGGCUUCAACUGAAGUGGCGGAAGCCUGGUAUCACCAGAUUCCAUAUUUUGAAUGGAAGAACUUGGCAUAUUCACAAAUCUCUGGAAGGUCCAAAGAUAAAGGAAUAUCUUCAGAGCACCACAUACAAUAAUCUUUUUCCCUGGUUUUGAGAGUAAAUGUUAGUAUGAGGCUUCAUGCACUCCCCCUCACAGUACAAGGAAAAUCUUCAUGGCACGAAGAAGAGCUUUAAGGAAAUAACAAUACGCAAGUGCUCUUGGAUCAUGCCACAUAUCAUGCUAUUCUGUGACAAGCUUGUGACUGUCCAGGUUAGUUGAAGGGAUAUGACACCUCGUUUUACUACUGACAUUGAGAUUGCCUUGCCACUCCCUGAGGAUCUCAGGAAGACUUGCUAGUCUUCAAUCUGGAACUCCUCCAUGCACAUCAAGACAGAUUGAACCCUUUAGUGUACUGCGAUUGAAUAUGCCCAAACCAUGCAGCAUUCCAUCAGUAACUACUCAUAUCCCGAGCAUUUCAAGAUCCCGAAUGUUGGCCUGCCCAAGGCUCUGUAUUCUGUGUAGAUCCUUGGGGAAUUACAGUACACUCCCAAGUCCAUUUCUGGGGGUCCUACAAGCUACUCUUACUCCUGGAAUAGGUUCAUUGACUAUGUAGUCCUUGAAUUCAAGAACCCGAUUGUAGAAUCCUGCUGCAAGAAAAGAAAUCCUAACCCUUAACACACUUCAUGGAUUCAGAGAUGUUCCAUAUAAAACAAAGGUCAUGUGAGCAGUGCCAUUCAGGAAAUGGUUUGGAAUACUUUCCCAAGGGAAAUGUAGGUAGACUUGAACCUCCUGGAAAAUACAGAAAUUGUAGAUUUCUCCCACUUGCAUGUGGAAAGUGCCACAAAAGCCUGCAUGAAGACGGCAUGGCUAACCAGAACCCAUCUUUGAGUGGGCAGUGAGGAAAUAACUGCCGCCAUUGACAGCAGACUUGCAAGCAUCAAAGCAAGGCCAGCAGGCACAGGCUGCAUACCAGCAAUAUCGCUUCAAUGUACUACACAUCCUUUCACCCAUGUUCUCCGCAGCUGCACCAUUCUAUAGUAUUUUGACUGCCCAAGUCCUUCAACCUCAGUAUGUUCCUUGUUAAGUGGACUUCCUUGUACAACUUAAAGCCUUCCUUGUACCAUGGCCUAAAGCCUACUGAACAACCAUAUGCACCCAUGCUCAAGCACAAAGAAGCAGAGUAACCAGUUGAAAGGCAUCUUCUGAGCACUAAGUGCCAACCACAUUCUUCAAAGCGGGCAGAUUUGGAAGAAUAGCAGUAAAGGUGCAGCUACUUUUUAGUUUCUUUUCCUGCUUCAUGCUGACACACCAUGUAUCUACUCCCCCUGCCUGAAGUUACAUGCUUUGUUCUUCUGUUCUUACUCCAUUCUUCUUGUAGCAGAGCAAACAAGCAAACAUUAAUAAUGACAAGAUUCUCACUCUGUGCUUUCAGCCAGCAACAUGGAAACUGUGUGGUUAGGCUUGGCAUUUCACUAGAGAGGAGGUCAUGGUGGGGAUGCUUCACUUUUGGAACCAUGGAUGUCUAAUGCUAGGGGAUGUGGAACUGGCCCCUUGUAGCAUAGGAUCACUUUUCUAGACACAGCUGUGGUUGUCUCUGGUACAAAGGUGCAUUCCCACUAUGGGCAUUAACUGUGGGGUGUUGUUUAAUGUUUGGGGGCAUUGAAUAUCCAUUUCUGCACACUCAGAAGUAUUUCCUUUUGCUUCUUCUGUCUUUAUUUCUCCCUUUUUCACAGUACCUUCAUCAAAAGCAGCUUCUUUCCCACACCCAGAUUGCAUUAACCUAGGCAAACAAAUUACAUCCUUCCCAUUGUUUUGCUUCCAUCCCUUCUCCUUCAGCUGCUGCCCCUCAAUGAAAAUGUUACAGUAUGUGACUGCUAGCGCUCCUAUUAUGUAUGUUUGAGAGUGCUGGAGACUGAAUUAGAGCAGGAGAAGCUGUCAUUUCUGCCAUGAAAAAAAUUCUGUAACAGGUCUUGAUGAUCAUUGCAAAGAUCAGGAUGAAUUUUUCCAGCACCAUUGCAUGAUAACUUGAGCAGAUUGUUUAGUGACUGUUCUGUGCCCUACAAUUAGAAAGGAAAGGGAGAAACAAGGUGGCAACUUGUAGACCAAUGUGUUGUCCACUAGUAGGUACUAACAUAUACUUAAACCAUUUGGAUAUCAAGGCAGAAUGUAGACAUUUGGGAUAAGUCCAGCUUUUGUGGAACUUUCCACAUGUCCCAAGCUACUUUUGAAAUCACGGUAUCAGAAAUCAGGCCCACAAUUCACCAUUUAACAUAGUAAUACAGAAGCAUAUAUCAUUUAAAGAAAAGUUGGGCUAAUUGCUUUAUACAAUGUGCACCUCCCUAGUUUUGGAGUUGGGAAACCUAGUGCAUGCAAAAUCUUCAGAGAGAGAAUGUGCAUUCUGAACAAGCUUUGUUUUUGUGAUUUUGUAGGAGCAGAGGAGAGGAGAAAGAAGAGGAAAGGGUCUUAUGAGCUAGGGUUUCUUUAGGUGGUGGGAGCCUGGGAGUUGUCUUACAUUUUAGCUCCACCCAGUAAGGGUGAAGAGUUCUUCAACUGUAAAUAUUCCUUUAGCGUGGUGCUCCAGGCACUUGUGAGCUUCAAAGGCAGAUGUAUGCUCAUAUACAGUGGUGUUUUGGAGAGAAGCCAAUAUGCUGCUGUGAAAUGUGAUUCUCUGACUAAAAGAAAGUGUGGUGGAACAAGCAGGUGAAGAAGGAGCAGAACCUGAAACUGCUUCUCAGAUAGUUGAGUGCAGAGGCAGGAAAUGGGGUGAGGAAGGAACAGUGAAUAAAACCUGCUUCUGAGGCAUGUGCGGACUGCAUCACAUUCUCCAUGAAUGAAAUGCAAGACAAAAUAAAAUGAAAACCUCCAGAGAGAAAGUUUAGGCUUACAAUUUUUAUUUGAAAAAGAAGUCUAAGCAAGUAUUGGUGUUCCAAGGGGCAGGCAAGGGAUCAGAAAGCUUUAUGUCAGAAGCCAGGAAAGGCAUGACACACACAGACCAGUCAGUGGACCAAAACAAAGAUGUUGCUGGAGAGGGAGCAAGGGUGAGCUAUGGGAUUUUCCCAGAAAAGCCCUUGGGGUUUGUAACAAGCAGAUGGAUUGAGAGAGAAAGAAACAAGCCAGAACAAGCCUUGAAGAGCCUGAUUGACAGCACCACUGUAAGUCAUUCAGUGAAUAACUAACAUACCAAGGCUUAUUCUCAGGCAGCUUAGCAUGCCUGAGCAAAUGAGAUAAGUGUGAAACAAGUGUUUUACAUCCCUUUUGUGUUAAGGCAGAACCAUGCGCAAAAGGCCUAAGUUCCACUUGCACAGCUGCAUGACUACUAGCAUAUCUUAGAUUUACAAGGCAGUCUGCUAGUGCUUGUGCAACAGGGAAAGGCAGUGCAGUAGUUUGUUUAGUUACAUCUGGUCUCUUGGAACACAAAUGAAAAUAGGGUAGAAGGAACUUGGUAUCACAAACCAUUACUAUGUGUACCUUAUGUCUGGCGAUUUCAGAAUACUAACUAUAACAGCAUCCCCCCCCCCCCCGAUAAACCUCAUUUUUAGAGUUAAUUGAGAGAUCCUUAGCCUUGGUUAUACUUUGCUUCAUAAGCUGCAUAGCUUUGGCUAACCUUUAUUUUAAUUUUCUUGCGCAUGGGCCAGAACAUUUGAGGCACCCUAGAUUGAGGAAGGCUGAUCUAUACAUGGUGUGAGAUGUACUGGAUGCCAUUGUACUGUGAACUGUUUGCGUGCUUGCCUACCUGCUUUCCAUUUUGUGCAAGUUCCUCCAUAGUUAGUUGACUUAGUCUUCCACCCCUACUAUGUCUUUGCUUUCUGUCCUGGCAAUCCAUAUGCUGGAUGGACCUGUCUCUUUUUAUCUUCAUUAAGACAGUUCUUUUUAUUACGUCCAUCUAUUUUUUUGCAAUUGCUCAGAGAACUGUAUGCAGAUGUAAUUAUCACAUCGUAUCUUGGCAUUAUGAGGACAAGUAGGCAAGGGCCUUGGUCUUAAACACUUCAUCUUCCUCUUCCCAUGUACAAGGGAAGGAUAUUUGAUACUGCCAUUUGUGGUUUGUAUCAAUCCAUACUCUGCUAUUUUGUCUGGCCCUAGCCAAAAGUAGUUUGACCAAACCAUUCCUUCCCUGUAAGUUAGGAUCAAGCUUGGGUUUCAAAACCAAUAAUUAUUUUACAGCAAACCAGAAAGAAUUGGUUUGCUAUAAACUGGGAAUGGACACAUCAUAUCUGCUCUUCUUACACAGGGCAUGGGAAGAAGGAACUACACAUGACCAAGACUCUUGUCUGCUUGUUCUCAUAAUGCCAGCUUUCUGUGCAGCUGCUGACAGCAAACUGGACCUCUGAGGCCACCCUCUGCAAUGGUUCUUACAAAGUUUUUGUGGCUAAAAUAAACAUUUUUCUGUCUAGGCAUGAACAUGACAAUAGAUUGCUCACCAUGAAGAUGCUGCUUAUAGUUUUUAAUAAAAUGCCAAUUCAUUGACAUGUUUAAAAGGACCAUAUUUUCAUCAGUGGAAUGUCAUGGUGGUUUUAGAAAUGGUUGAGUGAAAGGCUGAGUCAUACGCUCAGUAUUUUAGGCCACUUCCUGCUUACACUGAUCUCUCUUCCCUAAGUCAUACAGUUUCAAUGGAGGAUGACAAUUGCUGUUUCAUAUUUUGCCUGGUUUGAUACAUGUAAUCUAUUUCCUAAUAUGUACAGCAAGUACUGUUGUCUAAUGUUAGAGCAGAACUUCUAAAUGGCAUUGCCUUUGUGCAGUAAUUAAAGUAUGCAUUAUUUUGGGAGCAUGGAGCAGAGAUGCAGCCUUCCUAUUCUCCAAUGUGUUCAAUUUUGUACAAGACUUGUUAUAUGUUGUUUAGAAAAAGGCCAAAUAAGAUUAAUUAUAUUGGACUUUCUUUGGAAGGGAGCCAGGAAUAAUUGCCUAGAAUGCAAGGACAUCAACAUUAAUCCUAAAGAAAUUACUUUGUGUUAAUAGUCUACCAUUUUUUUCUUUCUUAGAGAAAAAGCAAAAGGUUCAUCUUUAUUAUCAGGCCAGUAGUUGGUUUAGUCUGUAGUACUAUGCACUUGCUUGGGAGAAAACCUUUUGAAACAAUUAAGGCUUACUUCUGAGUAGACAUACCUAGGAUUGUCCCAUAAGUAUCACUCUCUAAGCAUAAGUUGUUUAAAACAUACUGCAGGAAGAGCAGCCUGCAGUGUUUUCUGCAUCAUCUGUUUCAUACUGUGCAGAGCUAGCAAGUUAAACAUGAUCAUCUUUGAUAAUGGACUGAUCUUCACAUAAAGAAAUCUGCCUAGUGUUGGUGCUUUUUGGCAUAAAACUAUGAUGGAGACACAAGGUAGUCAUAUGGCUAAUCUUUACAUUUUUUUGAGAUUGUCAAGUAUAUUUUGUGUUAUGUGAGCCAAAACAGCUUGUCCAUCACUUUUCAAAAGUACUGUUCUGUUGCUGUUAAGCCAAAUUAUAUCCCCUUUUCUUAGCACAUUGAAUUUAAUUGCAUAAUUCAGAAAAAAUAAUUUGAGUUUGAAAUGAAUACUAAAAUAGGGGAUGACAUUGAUUUCAAACUGCACGUGUCAUGAAAAACAUUGUGUUGUAUGAAACAUAGUAAAGAUAAUUUGCUCAAAUCUGGGUUUUUGUUAAUUUCAAAUUCCAGCAGGGCAAACAUGUCGGUCUGUUUUAGGAAAAACAAGUAAUUAAAAACAAUUUAUA